AUGGUCAAGAAGCGCGCAUCCAACGGACGCAACAAGAAGGGCCGUGGCCACGUCAAGCCGAUCAGAUGCUCAAACUGCUCGCGCUGCACACCCAAGGACAAGGCCAUCAAGAGAUUCACGAUCCGCAACAUGGUCGAGUCGGCUGCCAUCCGUGAUAUCUCGGAUGCCUCCGUCUUCGCUGAAUACUCCGUCCCCAAGAUGUACUUGAAGCUUCAGUACUGCGUCUCCUGCGCCAUCCACGGAAAGAUUGUCCGUGUCCGAUCGCGCGAGGGUCGUCGCAACCGUGCUCCCCCACCACGUGUGCGAUACAACAAGGAUGGCAAGAAGGUGAACCCAGUCCAGGCUGCCAAGGCCCCAGGUGCUGCUGGUGUCGGCGCUCAGGCAUAA